AGCCAUGGAUAUGGAGACAGUUCUCCGCGCUGUGGGCACCAGUGGCCGCUUCCAGAUCGUGGUUGUGUUAGUGACCCAGGCAGCACGGGUGUCCGCCAUUUGGAGCCUCUUCUUCAUCACCUUCGGCAUCUACGAGCCACCCUGGCACUGCGAUAACGACGCAUCAUCAAACGCCACCUCACCAUGGACUAAUGGAAGUGAAGUCAUAACAAACAAUAGCUGUGACGUCAUUGAUUCGUGUGAUGUAAAGUUUCAGGAAGGGUCGUCUACUCUGGUCACCGAGUGGCGACUGGUAUGUGAUCAGACUUGGGUUUCCACCACCCUCGCGACAAUCCAGAUGGUUGGAGUCACUUUAGGCGCAGUUAUCGGAGGGCAAACGGGUGAUCUUUUCGGUAGGAAACUCAGCAUGUAUGGAUAUACGUUGAUUUUAUCAAUAGCAAACAUUGCAAUAAUCUUUUCACCCUCAUGGGAGGUGUAUGCUGCUAUCGUCUUCAUCAUUGGAAUCUGCAUAUCUGGGAUUUUUCCAAUAGCGUUUGUGUACGCAGUUGAGUUUCUGGGGCCGAGAGGGCGCGACGUUCUGACGGCAUUGCCCAUUUGGAACGCAGCAGUCGGGUCGUUGGGGGUGCUCACUUUCUUUAUUCGUAACUGGAAACAUCUUCAUCUCAUUACCGGCGUUUAUUCAGGGAUUGUGUUUCUCUCGGUUUUCUGGACACCGGAAAGCCUGCGGUGGUUGUAUGCGCAUGGCAAAAUUGAGGAAGCUCACGCCGUUGCAAAGAAAAUAGGUCAUGUAAAUGGCAGAGAGGUUCCUGACUUCGAGCUUCUUAACAAUGCCGAAAAGGAUACCACAGGAGAAAAAGUAGUCUCUCGAAAAUAUACAUACUUAGAUUUGUUCAAAAACAGACGUAUAGCUUUGCUGGUCGUGAAAGUGGUGCUUAUAAUGUUUACUUCGAAUCUCGCUUAUCUGUUCUUUGCACUGGGCGUGAAGGUGUUUUCUGGAGAUUUCUAUGUGAACUUCAUGUUGUACUCUCUCGCAGAGAUUCCUAUAGUCCUUGUAGUGGCUUUAGUCAUGCGGUUUCUACAGCGACGUCACGGGUGUAUGUUUCUUCUGUCCGUCGCCUGUUUGUCCUGUCUUCUGAUUCUCGCUAUAUUCUAUACAGUUGAAGAUGAGAGUGCUAGAGGAACGGCGAUCACGGCUUUAGGGCUCAUUGCGAAAUCGUUUAUUCAAGGGUUCUGCCAAAUCAGCAACGUCCUGAAUGCAGAGCUCUUCCCGACUGUACUCAGAGGUCUAACGAUUGGGCUAAUGGUCACUGCCGCGAACAUCGGAGGGGUCAUAGCGCCAGUUUUGAUACCCCAAAACCCGGGUUUUUUCCCAAUAACAUUCUCGAUACUCACAGCCGCUCUCCUUGUCUCUAUCCUCAUGGUCUGGUUACUACCAGAGACCAAAAACAGGCCCUUAGAAGACGUCACAGUUUCGAAGAGUAGUGAAAAACACCCUUCUUAAAGAAACGAAGCAUGUUCACUGGAAUCGGUAUUUCUUAUAUGAGAAUAUUUUUCUAAGUCAAGUGUGGUGUAAGUAGACCUGUUUAAUGUGUGCGUCUCUCUCUCUCUCUCUCUCUCUCUCUCUCUCUCUCU